UCCGCCCUGCAGCGCCAUCUUGCCCCGCUCGUUGGUAGGUCACCGUUGGUCAGUUAUGAAGCCAUGAAUCUGUGGAGAGGAGCGAGAUUGGCUUAUGGCCUUCGCCUCCAAGAACGGUCUUGGCUCCCUUGGGAUGGUGGCUGUUGCAGGAAGGGAUGUUCCUCCUCCUCCAAGCACGAAGAACAGGAGAACGGCCGUCCCGAGUUCUACGAUGUAGUUAUCUCGGGAGGCGGGAUGGUUGGCACCGCUAUGGCCUGCGCUCUAGCUUAUGAUCCAAAUCUGUCAGAGAAAAAGAUCCUGCUUUUGGAGGCUGGAAAUAAGAAAGCAGAUGGUCAGCUGCCAGAAUUGUACAGUAACCGAGUGAGCGCACUUACUCCAGGCAGUGCAGCAUUCCUAAGCCGUUUGGGAGCUUGGGAUCAUAUAUGCAACAAGAGGUACAAGCCAUUCAAGAGAAUGCAGGUUUGGGAUGAAUGCUCAGAUGCAAUGAUUACAUUUGAUAAAGCUAACCUAUUGGAGGACAUGGGCUUCAUUGUUGAGAAUGAUGUGAUAUUGUCAGCUUUGUCCAAACAACUGAGUGCUGCUGACAGGGUGCAUGUAUUAUACAGAAGCAAAGCGGUGAACUACACCUGGCCAGAACCAUGCCUGUCACCUGAUAUGAACCCAUGGGUGCAAAUUGAACUGGCUGAUGGGAAUAAACUUCAGGCAUCGGUACUGAUUGGUGCAGAUGGUCCAAACUCACUGGUACGGCAGUCUGCUGGUAUUCAGACUAUGCAGUGGAAAUAUGAUCAGUCUGCUGUGGUUGCUACUCUUCACCUUGCUGAACCUACUGACAACAACGUGGCUUGGCAGAGGUUUCUGGUGACCGGGCCGAUCGCAAUGCUUCCGCUCUCUGAUGAUCUCAGUUCCUUGGUGUGGUCAACUUCUCACCAGCAUGCAUCCGAUCUGCUCAGUAUGGACGAAGAGACUUUUGUCGAUGCCAUUAAUUCAGCUUUUUGGAGCAAUGAGAAUCAUUCUGAAUUCAUUGACACUGCAAGCUCCAUGUUAAAGACAGCUUUAACGUUCCUGAUGCCAUCGGGCACAUCAGUACGCCAGCUGCCACCAAGUGUGGCUCACAUUGACCCAAAAAGCAGGGCUACAUUUCCACUUGGACUGGGUCAUGCCACGAAGUAUGUUGGACCACGUGUUGCUCUCAUUGGGGAUGCUGCACACAAAGUUCACCCAUUAGCAGGGCAGGGAGUCAACCUGGGCUUUGGGGAUGUUGCCAGUCUCUCUCAACAUCUCAGUGAGGCAGCCUACAAUGGCGAAGAUUUAGGGUCCACCAACCACCUCAGUGCAUUUGAAACAGACCGUCAGAGACAUAAUCUCCCUGUCAUGACUGCAAUAGAUCUGUUGAAAAGGUUGUAUUCAACCAAAAGUAUACCACUGGUCUUGCUGAGGAGUCUUGGUCUGCAGGCGACCAAUGCAUUUGUACCUAUUAAGGAGCAAAUCAUGGCAUUUGCUAGUAGGUGAAUUGCAUUCUGCAUCUACCCUGGAUUUCUUCCAUCUCUGGAGGAUGCUGCAAGUCUGGCUGCUAGGAAAUUUUUAUUUUGGGUUCCUGCUGUUCACUGUAAAGGACUGACUUGUUAUCUUUUCUAAUUUAUUACAUUGGAAUUGAAUACAUAGUACAGUACAUAUCAAAUAUUUACUGUCAAAAAUUCCUUGGCAGGUUGCAUCUAACAUACAGUAUGGCACAGAGCUGUGUAUAACAUGGGUGGUGAAUGGUGCAAGAAAUCCAGAAACAUUUAGAAUGACCUUAUCACCCAAUCAUUGAUGAAGUUUGUUUGUGAUUUGUGACAGUCCAAUGCAUUGUUACGUUGUAUAAAGAAAAACAAAUUAAUUCAGGCCCACAAAUCUUAACAAGUGGAUUAAAAAGCGAGAAGGCUCAUAAAUCUUAACAAGUGGAUUAAAAAGAGAGGUCAUUUGAAUGCUUACAUGUAUUGAAGUGUUCUGCUUUCGACCGGAAUGUACACUGAUCACUGUGAUUUGUUUAUGGGAGGGGAGCACAGCAACUUGUUUUGUGUGAACAGUAUGCACGAACUUCAGAUAGUGGUGUACGUUGAACUAGUAGUGUUUCAAGAAAUCUGAACCUGUUGUAUCUGAUGCCGUCUGGGUCAGUGCAGGGUUAAGGUAAAGCGAGAAAGCAAACUGAGACAAACAUUAGAAGAGGGCUAAUUAACACUUGCAAUGGUACUUUUAUAAAAUAAGACCAAAGAGUGAAAUUACAGAUCAGAGAUUAAAGUAACACCUAUGUUCUGUGAUAUGUAGAUUUAGUAAUUUUGUUGUACACACAUGAUAAAUUGUGGACUGAUAUUGCAAGUGGUGUCUUCAGAAGUGAUAUAACUUCUGAAGUGAAUGGUCACAAGAUAGCAGGGUUUCUAAGAGUCAAGAUUGCAAAUUAAGCAGAUCUUUCAGAUGUUUCCUGGGUAAACUGCAGAUACAGGUGGUUGUGUCACUCGGGCUCAAUCCAUCAGUGAACUUGGGUAUAGAUUGAUUUUCCAACUAUUUUUGCUGGAGCAGGAUGCAUUUGCUUCCAGAGUUAACUUCUGAUCUUUGAGUGCUGUGAAUUUUAAAAUCUAGCUUUAAUACAGUGAAUCGUAAGGGCCAAACAGAUGAAAAUCUCACUUUAACUUUUUUUUUAGUCAAGUUACCUUGGUAUCUGUUAAUCUGGACAAUGGUUUAAUAGGUACUAUUUUUGAAACGUUAUUGCAUUCCAACAGCAUAUUUAUUGUCCAGUUUUAAUAUAAAUCGCUAUUAUUUUAGUACAGUACCAGUUGGUAAUUAAACAGCCUGCUUGCUAAUGUUAUAUGAUUCUGAAGACGUCUCCUCACCAAAUAAGAGACUUUCCCCUGAACCAUUUUUUGACUUUGAUUUUUUAUUGUUACAUGUACCUAGGUACAGUGAAAAGUUUUGUACGGACAGAUCAUACCAUACAAAGUGCAUUAUGGUUAUUAGAAUAGAGCAAGGCUGCAGAAAAAGACGCACAAGGAGUGAGAUCAGUAUUAAAUUUAAAAAUUUGAGAACUCCUUUCAAAAGUCUAAUAACAAUGGGGUAAAAAGCUGUUCUUGAAUCUGUUGGCAUGUGUUUAAGCUUUUGUAUCUUUUUCUCGAUGGAAAAUUUGGAAUAGUUUUCAAGCCCAUUAAAUGGUUUUAGAAUCAA